AUGCGGGAGAGCAGAGAGCAUGCCGGCAGCAAAGUAGGCGUGCGGAGCUCUAGCUUGUUCACCAAAUGCCAUAAACAACUACAGCUCGAUACUACACCCCAACAUGCUCGGCAUGACGUCGAAGUCAGCUUGAAAGCUGCAAUUGCCGCGGCAAGGCAUCAUGCUGAGCUGUCGGCUUCAGAGGGGAGGUUGGCAGAAGCUCUGCGAAGGAGAGAAGAUGUGGUAAGACAAGAGCAGGUGAAGUUCUCCAAGAACGCUUACGGCGACAACAACAUUCCCUUGUGCGAGGCUCUUCACGAGCUGGCGUUGGCUCAGUACGACGUUGGGGACUACGAGGUCGGGGAGGAGGAGCAGAGGCGCGGGAUGACGCCGAGUGCAGAGAUCACUGUCAACAAUCACGCAGGCGCUACAGAUGUAUCGAUCGUGCAAGGAGAAACGCCCUUUUCUGGCAGGGAGACUUUUACAUUCAGCGGCGAAGGUGACGUGUUCCUCCAGCUCUGCAACAUCCUGCUGGGACUCGGAAACUGCCAUGGAGCCCUGCGGAAUUUUGUCUCGGCACACAAGUCAUACGACUUAGCAAGAAAGGUCGGGAAAGAGUGCGAGGCAGUUCCAUCAUUGCUGGUGAAUAAGGCGAGUCUCCUGCGGGUGUAUGUGAACUCCGUUAAUAUUUGGUCAUGGCAGGCGCUCUUGUGUCGAUAUAACCUGUUGGGAAACUGUCGGGGAAGCUCAGUGGCAUCGGACAUCGAACACAACUUGGCUUGCUGUCUGCACCACAAGUUGAACUCUCUGAGUCUUUGCUUCAAGCUUGAUGAAGCAUUGAAACUCUUCAAGGAAGCUGCUGCGAUCCGAACAUCAAUCCUGGGCAGCGAUCACCCUCUCUCCAAGGCUGCGGACUCCUCCUUCAAGGUAGCCAACAAGGAGCUACUACGAUGUGGCGGGGGCGGCAGCAGAGCAGGAGGAGGAGAGAGACUCUCAGGAGGAAAGCUUCAAUAA